CUUGGUGUGGAGAUGGAUUGGUCUAAACUAAAUGAUUUUGGGUGUGUGUCUCAGUGUGUGUGUGUGAACCUCUGUCUUCAUCUAUCCAUAUACAACAAAUCCUCUGUCUUCAUCUGAACCUCUCUCUGUUUUUUGGGUGUGUGUUAGGUCGCACUCUCCCUUCCCAGCUUUGUGGACUCUUAAUUUUGGUCUCACCCAAAACUCUCUUGUGGUUCUGUAACUCUUAAGAUUCUGUUACUCUUUUCUUGUGUUUGCAUUUGGAUUAUUCAUCACCUUCAGAAACCCAUCUCACAGAUGGGAGAUGUUGCUAAGGACCUUACAGCUGGGACUGUUGGAGGGGCAGCACAAUUGAUAGUUGGCCACCCAUUUGACACUAUCAAGGUCAAGCUCCAAAGCCAGCCUACACCACUCCCUGGCCAGCCUCUCAAAUAUACUGGUGCAAUUGAUGCUGUCAAGCAGACAAUAGCAGCUGAAGGUCCAAGGGGUUUAUACAAAGGUAUGGGAGCCCCACUUGCUACAGUAGCUGCCUUCAAUGCUGUCCUCUUUUCAGUUAGGGGACAAAUGGAGACAUUAUUGAGGUCCCAUCCCGGUGCUCCGCUCACAGUAAAUCAGCAAGUUCUUUGUGGAGCUGGAGCUGGAGUUGCUGUUUCUUUCCUAGCUUGCCCCACUGAAUUGAUCAAGUGCAGGUUGCAAGCACAAAGUGCACUAGCUGGUUCUGGAACAGCUGCAAUGGCAGUGAAUUAUGGUGGACCCAUGGAUGUGGCCAGGCAUGUUCUCAGGUCAGAAGGGGGCAUGAAAGGUCUUUUCAAGGGCUUGGUUCCCACUAUGGCACGUGAAGUACCUGGAAAUGCUAUAAUGUUUGGUGUAUACGAAGCAAUAAAACAAUUUCUUGCAGGAGGCCCUGAUACCUCUGGACUAGGUAGAGGUUCUCUAAUCGUUGCUGGAGGCUUGGCUGGAGCUUCCUUCUGGUUCAUGGUUUACCCAACUGAUGUUGUUAAGAGUGUGAUUCAAGUAGAUGAUUACAAAAAUCCAAAGUAUUCUGGUUCAAUUGAUGCUUUCAGAAAGAUUCGAGCUUCUGAGGGGUUCAAAGGCCUUUAUAAAGGUUUUGGUCCUGCAAUGGUCCGAAGUGUUCCUGCAAAUGCAGCAUGCUUCUUGGCAUAUGAGAUGACAAGAUCAGCUCUGGGAUGACUAAUUCACACUGCAGGCUUGAUAGGGGUAGGGGGUACCAUUGAGUGCCCAUGUUUUUUAUAUAUAUAUGUAUUCCUAUAACAUUUUUAUUUCAUGCGUUGUAAUGUGGCUACAAAGGCAUAUCUUCUGUUAUUGCUUCUAGGAAUCAUUCUUUCACCAGUGUUAAUGGAUGAAGCCUUUUAUUUCA